AUGAGGAGGAGACAGAAACGACAAGUGUGCAUCCUUUUACCAAACAAGCAGCACCUGGACUGUACUGUCGGGGUGAGUGAUUCAUUUAUUCUGACCUGCAUUAUGCAUCACAGAGAACCAGAGGAACAAACAGAUUCUCAGUAGCUGCAAGUGAUAUAAUCUACGAUUGCUUUAAUAUACCAGUUUAAAGUAUAAAUUUAUUUCAAUUGAAUAAUUAAGGGAACAAUUCUUCACUAAAAUACAUAAGAACUAUAAUAAAAUACAAUGAAUUUAUUGCAUGUCUUAAAUGUUUUACCCUACAGGACCUUUAUUAAAUCAGGACAAAACUUCUUUCUGAUAUUUAAUGAUUCAUGUGUGGUUGUUAUAUGAAUUUAGAGGGUUUUUUAUGUGUUUUUCAGGUGGGAUCCAGAGGCUGUGAGGUGUUAAAGUGUGUGUUGAAGCAGCUCAGUGUCAGUGAGCUACAGGUGUUUGGUUUGGCUGUUCUCAGAGGUCAGUCGGUGUUCAUGUGGGAGUCUGAGAAAAUGUUUUCUGUUCAAUCACUAAGGGACGCAGUUAAUUAGAGCAGGAGGGGGGCGGUGUUGUUAAAAAGCGGUGUGUUAAUUAAUCAAAUACUGUAUAUGAUGGUCCACUUUCUUUUGGUACUACAGUGGAUGCAUAUUUUUUAAUCCUCAGAUAAUGAAUACCUGUUUAUUGAUUUGGAGCAAAAGCUGAGCAAGUAUUUUGGCAAAACAUGGAGUAGAGGGUCUUCAAUGGUGAGCUGUUUCUCUCUCAUAUUUGAAAAUGUUGUCCCAUCUUUGUUUUAAGGACAAUUUGAUAUCAAACUUUAUUCUCUAAUUGUUUUUGCAAUUUCAACUGUUGUGUAAAACUCAAAAGUGAAAAUGACUGUUCUUUGUCUCGUUUUUUGCCAGGUCCAAUUCAUUUUAUUUCUAAAAGUGCAGUUUUAUGUAGAGAAUGGGCUGCUAUUGUUGUAAGUCUUUCAUGGAUUAUUUAAUUCUACACAUAUAUACCAUGAAUGUUUGCAGACCUCCCUUACAUGCUUUCUUUGAUGCACAAAAGUGCUCCUUGUCUUCCUGAACCUCUGUGACUUGGCGCUUCAUUUGUUUGUUAAAGUAGCAGCAAAGUUCUGCAGCUCUACUACGCUGAGCUGAGACAGAAGGUGCUGCAGUCACAGAGCCACCAUCAGGAAGCUCUGUUCUUCCAGCUGGCAGCCUCUGCUCUUCAAGCUGAGGUUGGAGACCUGGAGCAGAGAGAUGCCAGUGAUGAAGAGGAGGGCGAGGAGAACAGACAGCAGGGAAGACAUUACUUUCUGCCUGAAGAUUACUUCCCCUCCUGGGUAAAAAAAAAAAAAGGAGAGUCAAGCUGGUAGAAUCUCUUGACUUUCACAUGUUUUAUGUGACUGUGUUCCUGCUCUGUCCUCAGCUGAUAAAGCGUCAUGGGCGAGAUUUCCUGCUCCAGCACGGCCCGGUGUUACACUCGGAGCUGAGAGGUCUGCCACAUCGACAGGCCAUCCUGCGGUUUAUCAAAGAGGCAAAAGAUCUGCAGGAUGGAGUCGCCACGUUCUACAGGAUGAGACAGGUUGGUCUUCAUGUUUGAUUCAGCCAAAGAGCACGAACAAGAAACUGUAAUAAAAGCUUGAUUCCACAUUUAGACAAACUUAAAGUAGAACUAAAGACUCCUGACAUGAAAACUAAAACUUCGGCCUGUUUUUACCUUGCUCUUUUUGUGAAAGUGAAACUCUGCAUCUGUUAUUGACUGUGCAGGAGAAAAAAGAGCUGAGAAGUUCAGUCCUCCUUGGAGUGGCUUUGAGAGGGAUCCAGCUUUAUCAGGUGGCUCAUUCACAUAAACAAAAACAAAUAUUUAGAUUAAAGUACAUUCGCUGAAUCCUCCAUCAGCUCCAGUUAACUGAUUAUUUUUCUCUGAAGGAGGUGGAAGGGAAACGGUGUCUACUGUAUGACUUGUCUUGGACUGACAUCGACCUCCUCACUUUCCAGGUCAGUCCUGAAAACCACAAAUAUACCUUAGCAUGAAUAUAUAACCACACAAAAUUCAGAUUUGCUGAUCAAAUCCUGUACUUCCACAUGAAUGUAGACUCACAUACUUAUGCUGGCAUACUGUAACAGCGUAUUUUCACAGUGUGUUCGUCAUACUUUGAGUUCAGGAUAUUGAUAAUGUCCCCAGUUCUUUACAUCACUCUCUUUCUGCAGGGCUGCAGGUUUGAGAUCUCUGCCGUGGGCUCUCUGUGUCUCCCAAAGCUGCUCUAUUACACUCCCUCGACCUUCCACUCCAAACACAUCCUGAAGCACCUCAGUGACCGUCACCGUUUCCACAUCCACACCAGAGACGCUCUCAGCUACAUCCAACAGCUGGAAGACAAGCAGGGUCUGCAAACUUAUCGCCUUCCUUUUCUUAUGUUAGAGUUGUUUUUAUUUAUAUAUUCAUCUCAUGUAUGAUUUAGGUUAGAUAGAUAGAUUGAUAUUUAGACUUUUGAACCUUGAGAACAAACAGGAUUACAACUGAAAUCACAACACAAGGAUGUUUAGGGUUUAUUUACUGUUUCAUUUUUGUCACUCUGCAGCUUGUGAAUUAUACAAAGAGGCCUACAUCUGCGACAUAACACGUCUAACACAGCAGCUAAAAUGCAACAACAGCCUCACAUCCUCCAUGUCUGACUGCAGCUUUGCAGUCACAACUGCCUGGUCCAACGAAGAUGAAGAACAAGAAGAGGAAGAAGUUUGUUACUCAGGUGAUUUUGCAUCCCUGGUGAUAGAUGAUCAUCAGCUACUAUUGAUGUGUUGUUUUAGCGUGAAUGGCUAUUAGUAUAAAUAAGUUCUAAGUUCCUAUUGUGUUGUUCUUGUCUCAAAAUGAAGACAAUAUCUGUUCAGUUCUUCUGUACCUGGACACUAAAGACACUUUUUUUCCACACCUUUCCACACCCCUGCAGCACAUGCUUGUGUGUAUUUUUGACUGUAAAUAUUUAUAGUCUCUGUGUUGGUAUUUUGGCAGAGUUUGAAAUGUGUGUGGAUGACCCUGAAGAGUUACUUGUUGAUGACCCUGCUGAGGUGUCAUGGCUGGCUGAGCUGCUCUCUGGUGUUUCUGUCGAUGCACCUUUACUGUUUCCAUCUCCUCGCUGGGCAGGUUGGUCCAUUAAAAAAAAAAGAUAAAGCAGAAUCUAUAAUAACCUUUCUCAUGUCAAUCAGGUAAUUUGUCAUGCUUUCAUUUUCAGUGGUCACCAUGGAAAUGAAACAGGUGAGCAGCGCUGUGGUUUUCUCUGAUUAAAUGUUUUCGGCGCCAUCCCGCUUCAAAGGUUUCAGGAUUUUGUCUGAUCUGUUGCAGGUUCUGAGGAGGAGAGCUGAUGAAGGUGUUUCUGUGGACUAA